UUAGAAAAAAAACAAAAAGGUGGGCGUGAGAGUGAAGUGAACCAAAAACCAAACUUACCAAAUUGUGGCCAAAGCAAGACGAUACCAAAUUACCAAAAUAAUAAUUCUUUGAGCAGAGGCAUUAUUACUCUUCUGCUGUGAAAUUUGCAAUUAAAUAUGAGACUUACUUCAGUAUUUCUUUCCUUUAAACGUAUGCCGAGAGGACACAUCUGGCGGGGGAAGCAAAGAUUUGUCAGAGAAGUUACACCACUCGACAAGGACAUAAUGCUACAGAAAUUAAAGGUGGAGGAAGAAAAUCUGUUCUACUUGCGUCACCCUUACCUUACUGUUCAACAAGAAGAUCUCUUUAUAAAAGCUCACCCUCCUAGAGAUCCAGAACUUGUGAAGCUUGAGAAGCGUAGAGCAACAGUUAAACCAAAUGUUACGAUUGAAGAAAGACUAAAUCAUUUGCGGCACACCGAAGGUUGGGACUAGACGCUAGUUGUGUAGUUGUUAAUAAACCAUUUAGAUGAGUAAUAU